GCUCGGCCUCUCGUGUGGGUGAGGGUGUGACACUGGUCGGGAACGCUCCGCUCCGGGGCCGCAGAGCCGCCCACGGCUGGGGCCGCGGGUCUGUCCCGGGCCGUCGGGUCGGAGGCGGGGGGUCCAUGGGAGCCCUGCGGACACACGCGGGGCUGGGCCCGGCUGGCACCGCUCCGCUGCCCCGCGGUGCUGCUGAGGAGAGCUCCGGCAGGGAGGGAGGAUAGACCAGCUUCUCCCGAGUCCAUGGGAGGGCCAGUGCCAAGCAAAGCAAGAUUUGGGUCUGCAUCACUGACCCUCAGGUCACAGCCUCCUGCCCAGGCUGCGUUCACCUUGCACAGGUGUCCUGUGAGCAGAGGGGUAACUGCAGCCCCCUGCUCUGUCCCCAGCUGGCAAGAAGCUGGCGUGGACCUGGGGCCGGAUUUUGUGCGAGCUGCCAUCGUCCCUCUGGCUUGGCAGUGAUUUGUGCAAACUCCCUGGGGACCUGAACUUCAAACAAAAGCAGGAAGCAUUAUAAAGGAUUAAAAAUACCUAUGCAUUUGAUGGUAUUUUACAAUAGUAGUAUUUUAACAAUACAAACUUAAUUUGUUUGCCAAAGGGAAAAUGUGAUUGAAAUAGCUCUGGGAAGGGGUUAAUCUAGGCUGGCUCUGCUGGGUGCUCUGGUUUACAGGUGUCAGAACAGCACCCACAGACCCUGUCAGGGUCAGCAGGCCUGGCAGUGCCAGCACUCCUGGAAGCCAGGCAGGUACUUGCUGACAGUUUAAGCAAGCAAGUUCAUGCAUUUAAGGGCUGAUGGGCUUCAAUGAGCCCAGACAUCUCAACCUUCCCCUACAAAACCCAAAACUGGGAACCACAGGGUGAGUUGCUGUGGGGAGCACCACCCAACCGUGUCCUGUGAACGUUUUUUCCUUGAAGCUACUCUGUUUGCUGCAUAUUGUGGGGACAAAAAAGAAAAGGGUAGCUGAGACCUGAGUUUCUCAUCUGCUAACCCUUGCUGAGUAUGUGCUUUCAGGGAGCAUCCCAUGGGGUGGGAUAAUGAGCACUUAGAGUUUUAUCCUGUUGUUUCCCACUUGGGAAGUAAAGUUGGCCCAAGCCUGCUGUCCUCACUGGGGUGGGCUCUGAAGGGGGGCCCAGGCCAGCCUGCAGUGCUCAGAGACCAUGAACCCUGUUUCUGGCUGACCCAAUCCCAUUCAGCUGCUUUAACUCUAUUAACUUUGCCCUUCUGCCUCCCUUCCUGUGCUCAGGCCAUACUCUUCAGCUUUUCCAAGCAACCACCACAGGUAAAAAUGCACUCUUGCUGUCUAAGAGAUUCAGGAUCCUUCUUAAUGGCUCCAAAGGCUUUAAAGAAAUCAUAAAAUGAAAGGAGCUGAACACGCGAGAUCUCACGUAAGGCCUUUGCCUGGUUUGACAUUUUGGCAAACAUGUAUUAGAGCGAGUAUUAAAAGCAGCUCAAAGUAGAAAAGCAGGGUCCGAGCAGUCAAGGUGAUUGUCAGAGAAAAUGCUGAGUUCCCAGGAAGGAAGCAGGACCGUGUCACUUGGCUGCUCGAGCCCUGCUGGGUGGAAGGGGGCUGAUACGAUGGCAGAUAAGAUAGUAGAGCUGUUGUGCCGUUCACACUCAGAAUAACCAGCUAUGCUUCAGAGCCUCAUAUUCUACAAAACUGUGCAGUUGUGUUCCUCUCUGUGUUAUGCUUUCUGCCUCGCUGCUCCAUACUUGCUUCAUGGUUUUUCAACUCUUUCCCUGCUUUGAGGAUCUCUGGAUGCACAGGUUUUCUUUUCAGUGAGACCUGUGAUGCUGAGAUAAUGCUGUGACUCUGAGACCUGGGGCUUCCAAAGCAAGAGGGAACGCCAUGAAUUUCAGAGAAAGAUUCCAAAGCUGUGGAGCUGCAUCCCAGAAGAACUCCUUGUGCAAACCUUCUGUUCUCUUCUGGAGGUGGAUGCCCAGUGCCCCGGGGUGCAGCCCAUGGGCUGCAGCUGAUCCUCCCGCUCCGGUGGCCCCUGCACAGAGCUCAGAAUGGCACCAGCUUCCACGUGUUCGACCAAGGACGCUUUGCCAAGGAGGUGCUGCCCAAGUACUUCAAGCACAACAACAUGGCCAGCUUCGUGCGGCAGCUGAACAUGUAUGGCUUCAGGAAGGUGGUGAACAUCGAGCAGGGGGGGCUCGUCAAGCCCGAGCGGGACGACACGGAGUUCCAGCACCUCUGCUUCCUGCAGGGCCACGAGCACCUCCUGGAGCACAUCAAGAGGAAGGUGUCAGUAGUGAAAAGUGAGGAGACCAAGAUGCGGCAGGAGGACCUCAGCAGGUUGCUAUACGAGGUACAGAUACUGAGGAGUCAGCAGGAGAACAUGGAGUGUCAAGUGCAGGACAUGAAGCAACAAAACGAAGUCCUUUGGCGGGAGGUUGUUUCUCUCCGGCAGAACCACUCCCAGCAACAGAAAGUGAUCAACAAGCUGAUUCAGUUUCUGUUUGGCCAGCUGCAAUCCAGCCCCAGCAGCACUGGGAUAAAGAGGAAGCUACCUCUGAUGCUUGACAAUGGGAUCUCAACUCCCCCAGUGUCCAAGUUCAGCCGGCACUUGUCUGCAGACCCCCUGCACGACCCCUAUUUCAUACAGUCGCCAUCAACAGAACCUGCCUCUUGCUUAAACAGCCCUGGAAUUGCUGGAGGACCCAUCAUAUCUGAUGUUACUGAAGCAUCACCAUCCAACAUAAUAAAUAUGCAGCCCCCUCCUGAAAAUGACAGGGAGAAGUGCCUGAUGCUGAUCAAGGAGGAGCCCGUGAGCCCUGGCGUGAAGGGCACGGCCGAGCCCGACGUGCCCCUGCCCGGCUGCCGGGCCUGCCCCGAGCCCCCGGUGCUGCCUGUUGCCAUGGUCCAGUCUGUCCUGGAGGGCAAGGGGGGCUGUGCUGCAGCCCCAGGGACCUCCCAGCCGCCAGAGAGGAGGGGCAGAAGGGCUCUGCUGGACAGAACAGAUAUUUCAGACCCGUUGGAGGGCACUGACUGGAGCCUGGAGGGGCUGCAGCUGCUGCUGAGGAGCCAGCAGUACGGCCUGGAGCCUGCCAGCCUGCUGGAUCAGGUCUUUAAUCCCAAUCUAUCUCUGAGUGAGUGGAAUAUGACUGAAAUGGAGGCCAGUCUGUCCCCGAUGCAGCGACUCACAGUGGAUCUGGAGAAGAAUGCAACUGAGCUGCCCCCAAAAGUGUUCAACGCCCCGUUUAACAGCACCUGCCCAGGGAAAGAUGUCAUCCUGGAGAGUGCCCAGCAGUUCCUCAUCGACCGUCAGUCCAUCUUUGGAAACGACCUCCUCAGCUUGCCUGAGAGUUCAUCCCUUUAUGUUCCACCUGAAAAUGUGGCUUCCUACCUGUCCUCUGUGGGGGUCCAGGGGGACAUCCCUUUAAACCUGAGCUCUUCAACAGACAACAGCCAGUGAUUUUGCUUCCAAGAACCAACAUCUCCCUCCCACCCAUCCAAGCAUCCACAGGUUUGAAUGUAAAGAAACCAAAGUGACUCAGAAACCCACUAGAGAGUUUCUUUUUGUGCCCUUUUUUUGGAGUAGAUGGAAAUGGUUGGUAGCUGUUGCAUUGCUCUCCCUGCACCUGGUUUUCAGUGUUUUUUAAAACAAAAUACUGUUUCUGGUGCUUGCUCCUAGGGGGAGUGAAAACUUGGCAGGAUUUUUUUUUUCUUGAAAAUGCUUUUAGAAAUUUCAAAACUUCUAACAAAAUUUAAGUGAAAAGUAGCUUGAAAGUCCAUCUGGGACCUCAUAAAAUAGUGAUCCUGACUAGUGUCUGCUGCGGCAAACUGUGGGAUUUUACAGGGGCAGCACAGAUUAGCUAAGAUGCCUGACCCUUCUCCAUGCUCUUCUUGAAACAGGAAAAUAAUCUAAUGCUCUACAAAUAUUUUUUUAUCCAUUUUCUGGGUUUGAUGGGAUGCACCUGUGCCUCUCCCUUGUCCCCCUAGGGUGAGUAGGAAACAGAUCUCUCAGGGUGUGCAGAAGAGAAUUUUCUGAGUGACCCCCCAGGACGUGUCUCUGUCUCCAGGGGAGCCACAGACCAUCACAGGCCACAAAACAUCCCACGCUGAGUUGAGAGCCUUUGUUGUUUGGGAUUUGUUUUGCCCCAAAUUUCUUUUCUCUUAGAUAAAGGCAGGGCACUCCAUACUUAAAAACAUAAAAAAGGGAUAGACUCUUCUGCACACGCAGUUUUUCAUGUGCAGAGGGGACUGAGGGAGCACACUCUGGGGUUUGGUGCUGGCUAAGUAUUCCAUGUCCAGUCCAAUGGUUUUUUUUCCCUUGGCUUUGACCUGUUCUAUUUCCUCUGAAGAUGUGCCCGUUGGUUUAUUGAUGUAUAAAAUCUGAUUAAAGAGUUCAAUUGAUUGGAUCCCCCUUUUAGAAGGACUCUCAGCUGCUCAGUGUAGGAGAGAAGCAGAAGGGUUAGUCCACCAUGUCCCACAAACUUUUCUUCUGUCCUUUGUGCAUCUGAGACCAGCCUCAAAGGCUGAACUAAUCUCCCCUUUCCAUGUGGUUUCUGAUGACUGAGUUUCUCAACAAAGCAGAGCUUUGUUUUUUAUGCUGUAGUUCUAAUGAGAACAUAUUAUUUAUCUCAAUAUCCUCUGCCUGAGUUGCUUUUCCUUAGGAAAGCUACUCAAAUGCAGUAGAACAGAUCCAGGAAAUUCAAUUAACUCAGGCCUCCUAAGGGCUUAGACAGGGAGGUGUAAGCUGUGCCAGUGUCAUUUGAAGAAAUGCUCUGUCCCCUUUCAUUGCCAUGACAGUUCUUGGUUAUAAACCAGAUUUCUGAGCAUCUUGGUCAAGCAGCAUCCACACCAAAAUGCAGUCAAUCAAUCAAAUGAGUGCAGGCUCAGAAUGACAAUAAGAUGAGCAUGUUUUAAAUGGACCUUCCUGUCACAGCCCUUUCCUCCAUCCAUUUAUCAUUAUGUGAACAGAUGUGUUAGUUCAGAAAUGUUCACUUUUGAGCACAUUUUCCCCCAGCUGACUCCUGUGUGCUGGGAGCUCUGUCACUGCCUUGGUGGUGCAGUCUGUGCAGGAGCAGGGUGUGAGAGCUUCUGAAUUAAUCCCAGCCACUGUUUUUGUGUUCAGGACUAAGGGAAAAUUCUGGCAGCCCCCAUUGGCCUGGUACUUAGAUGAUGUGCUUGAGUGCAUCCUGGAAAAGGUUUUCCUUUUCAAGGGAUUUGUGCUCAGAAAGUUCACCUAGAUCAGCCCAUUUGCCACUAUUUUGCCAUUUCCAGCGAUGGAAAGUCAUUGAGUUGCACUCUGAUUAAUUCUUUUCUCAUAGAUAAUUGAAGGCUGGCUGGUGUCUGCUGACACCCAGCAGUGUGUGUUCAAGAUUCACAUCCUUCUCUGAGCUCCCACACUCUCGGCUGCUGAAAUGUUAACACUGAAUGUAUUGAUCCAACAAGGUAUUGAAGCACAUGCUUAACUUCAAGCUCCCGAAGCCUUUUUCCGAAGCCUGUGGCAUGCUUGAGGUUGGCUGUGGGUUCAGUGCCCUCCUGGCUGGGGCUGAGCAAUGACCCACCCUGGGGAGCUGCCUGUGCAGGGCCGGCUCAGCUCGGCCCAGGGCCCGACACCGUCCCGGGCUGCGGCGUCUGUGCAGGGGCAGCCUGAGCUCGUGGGGAGCAGCCUCUCGGGAGGGUCCCUGGGGUUUUCUUUAGGCUUUUUGCUCUACUAUAAACAUGGGAUUGGAGCUUGACAGGGAGAGAGGAACCUCCAGGAAGAGAACUUGGGAGCCACUCCUGUGAAGAGCCAAGCUCGUGUUCUCGGCUUCUUACCCUGUUAACUUUACUCGAAGGUGACGUGCUGAGACUGCGUUUUGCACUAUGCUGUACAUUUGUAAAGUUUUACAGAGAACACUAAUUAAACAUGUUUCCUUUUUCUCAUUUA